AUGUCUACCGACUUCGAGAGCUUCGGACCGGGUAAAACUCGAAAGCGCAGUAUGGCUCCUCUGCUCGGCCAGGGCCUGUUUACAGUUGAUGGAGAGAAAUGGAGGCAUGCACGGAAUCUGCUUCGCCCGCUCUUUGGGAAGAGUAAUAUCACAGACCUGACACUGGCCCACAAGUAUAUGGAAAUGGUCUUGGAUUUUACGAUUCCUAACGACGAUGCCACUUGGUCUGGCUGGACGGGACCCAUUGAUUUGAAAGGUCUUUUCGAACGCUUUACAAUGGAUACGGCCACUGAAGCAAUCUUUGGACGCAGUGUGAACUCCCAACUGUGGGCCAAGGCCUCAAAUUCCGAGGGUAAAUAA